UUUGUUGCUUUUUAAUGUUUGACUUUUGCCUGUGUUUGCCUAUGUUUUUGCUUCACUAUUCUUGCUUUGUUUAAAAUAAGAUUUUAUGUAAUUUCUAUUAACAUAGUUGUUGCAGUUCCCUUUGCGAACAUUAGAGGGACCCCUAAAACCAUUUCCAUAGCAACAUAUGCUGCGCGCCAUAAACAAGUAUCACUUGCAAUGUUGUUGUUUUAAUGUAAUGAUAAUGACCCCGGUAAAUCAUAAUAAAAAGGCUUUGGAAGCAGUGGAUGACUAUGCGGAGUACAGAAGGAUCGUUGGCGAUGACGAUGGUGGAAAACUCUUCACUCCAGAGGAAUAUGAAGAGUACAAAAGGAGGGUUCUACCGCUACGUAUGAAAAACAGGUUGUAUGUGAGCUUUGGUGUACCAGGGGGCAUUGACUGCAAGCAGAUUGGCCCUGAAACACAGUGCUUUUGUGAACACAGAUACAAGCAGCAUCAGACAGAGUUUGAGGUGAUUCCCUCUGAGCGACCCAUUGCUCUGCAGUGCAAGGUCAGCGGUUGUCGCUGUUCUUCUUAUAACUACAUUCCUCAGCCUGGAUGUGCGAUGGUGCGCUGCAAGUGCAAACAUUUACCGCAGGACCACAGUGAGGCUGCGGGUCACUUGUGCAAGAAGUGCAAAGUCUGCUCUGGGUUCCAAAGUCCCUACACUUGUGGGUGUGGUCGACCCAGCUUUGAGCAUCGUACCUUGGUUGAGACGAAGCAAGAGAGGCUGGCAAGAGGUCAACCUGUUGGCAAAGAUGUUCCUUAUGCAGCCAUGGGGGGUCUGACAGGAUUCACCUCUUUGCUGGAUGGUUACCUUGCUUUGCAAGUCCUCAGCGAAGUUCCACGGAGGUCCACCUCGUUGAUGUCAGACAUGUCCAAACCUGCCUCUUGAUGAUCAGUUGUCGGAAUCGUCACGAUUCUACGCGGCUGUAACAUGAAGAACACUCACAGUAGCUCUGAGAAAGGAUCACGGAAAACCAAAAGUCAGGGGAGGUCUGCAAAAGCAUUUCCAAUCCACUGAAAAUCUAUGGAGUUCAGUGAAAUUUACAGUUCAGAAAUGCAAGGGGUAUAACACCAGACUCAAUCUGUCUACCUCGAAAGCACAACUUCUUAAAGUUUCCGGUAUGACCGAAAGCUCCUUGAAUACAGGGACUUCUGUUUUAACUCAUCUGCCUUAAGAGUAGUUGAGCUGUGGAUGUAGAGGGCAGGCAUUUGGUCACCUCUGUCUGAAACCCUGGAACUAAAAAAAAAAAAAAAAAGUCUACAUAAAAGCCUCCUGGAGAUGAAUUUCUCCAUCAAAGCUCUCUGAUCUUUCAGCGUUUUUUUUGUCCACCGUGUUUACACAUCUGCUUCAAUCACCGUGUCAGCCAUCUACGUAUAUAGGCUCACGCCGCUUCCCUCCUGAAUGAUGAUAUAUACCUGUUGAAGAGAGUCUUCAAGGACGCAUGUGUCUCCUGAAGAGGAGUGAAUCUACUAAUUCCUUUCCAGUCAGUCGUGACUCCGCGCUCCGCGGUUCUCUCGCUUGUGUCACACUCCUCAUCUCCCUCUUUGCAUCCUGUGCCAUACAAAAAAAAAAAAGAGCACUCAACACAUCCUCUGAGGGAGUUAGAAAGCAGCGGUGCCGAAGAAUGAUGAUUUUUUGACAGAUUACACGGCUGCAAGCUGCCAGCACAAAAGGAUUAUGAAUGGGAGGUAAAUGAAGCUCUUGGUGAUACAGACUCACUGCGAACUGCUAUUUGGGUUUUCUUAUUAAGUGGGCCUCUAGGAGAUCGGGCUCCUCAAAUGACGCGUCUCCGCGUUCACAUUUGUGCCUUUUGUUCACCUCGAGAGCCACAGUCUCUCUCUUUCUUCGUGUGAUGCAAUGUGCCGCAGAAUGAAAUUAAUGCCCUAAUUCAGCCCCGUACAUGUGAGCCAGUUUGAGAUCUUUUUGUCCGGCACCACCCAAGGCGUCUGCUUUCUGGUGACGAUGGGCCAUGUGGAGUAGCUCCAUUUGAACUGGGCCCAAAGUGAAUGCGUCGCUGGCAUUCUUCUGCGACUUUAGAUCUGAGGAUUGAUCUUGUUUUGAAAAAUAAUCUUGAUUGUGAAAUAAUUUAUGACUCGCUUCCUCCGUGAAGGAACUUCAAUAAGCUUCAAAACAUCAGAUUCGGCGUGUGUUUAGUUCAGCUUCUCGUGCACACGCGGAAAAUAACUUAAGAUUUCAUUCGCCCCCCGCCUCGCUCCCCAAGUUAUAUUAAUUUAUAUAAGUCAGUAUAAGUAAUGUAGAAAAGUUGCUUUUUUUACGCCUGCAUAUUAGCAUCUUCCUUGGACAGCUUCUUUUCUCAUAGGAAACAACGUUUGUUACCUUACUCUAUUUUUAGUUUGCUUUUUCGUUACAUUAAUACGAACUACACACACGCACCUUAAUUAGAGCAUCAGCAGU